AUGGUACGGCACUGGCCUAAGAACUCCAAGCAGCCGGAGCGAGAGGAGAAGAGGGUUUUGGGUCUGGUUCUGCUCCGAGGAGAGAAUCUGGUUUCUAUGACAGUGGAAGGACCCCCUCCUAAAGACACCGGCAUCGCCCGUGUGCCGCUGGCAGGAGUGGCUGGGGGUCCGGGGGUCGGCAGGGCUGCAGGUCGAGGCGUUCCCGCUGGAGCUCCGAUGGCACAGGCUCCCGCCGGACUCGCCGGGCCCGUGAGGGGAGUCGGCGGCCCGUCACAGCAGGUCAUGACCCCUCAGGGACGAGGCACGGUUGGGGCCGUCGCUGCGGGGGCCAGUAUAGCCGGAGCCCCCACACAGUAUCCUCCGGGCCGGGGUGGACCUCCUCCUCCGAUGGGCAGAGGAGCGCCUCCUCCGGGUAUGAUGGGUCCUCCUCCAGGCAUGCGUCCGCCCAUGGGACCGCCGAUGGGGAUGCCUCCCGGCCGCGGCGCUCCGAUGGGAAUGCCUCCCGGCAUGAGGCCGCCACCGCCUGGAAUGAGAGGUCCUCCUCCUCCAGGCAUGCGUCCUCCCAGACCUUAAACCGCUGCACUGAUGCGUUUGAGAUCUGUCUCGUCCUCGUAUUGGGGGAAAGUUUGGCUGCAAGCUCUUGUAUAGUUUUUUUUUUUUGUAAUGUCAUUUCUUUCCUUUUUUU